AUGGCUACCGACCAGAAUAUGGCAACUUUACUGGAAUUGGUAGAUUCACUUCCAGCGAGUGAAGGUGAUACAAAAGUAGUGUUGGAAGUAAUAUUGGACCCUCUUUUCGAUAUUGAGAAAAUACCAAGCGCACAAGACAACAAAUUGAGUUUUAUUAAAUCUCAAAAAAAUUCAUUAAAACUCAAAGACAAAGAGAGUGACAUAUUUAAUCAAAUUCAGAAAUUGGGCAACUCAGACAGUGAUGAGAGACCAUUAACCUCAUCUGAAAAUACUUCAGAUGAACCAAUAACAUAA